ACGUUGGCGCACGAAUACGCGGUCAGCAUCACCACUACAUGCAUACUUCAACCCUCCUCUACAGUACCUUGCUGUGAAGUAAGCCGGAUAGAUCUUGCUGCCUGCCUUGGCCAUGCGUCUUUCUUUCUCUCUCCUCACGGUCCUCCUAAACCUUCACCCAACCAUUUGCACCAACAUGGCCACCUCAAAUCAACCCCCGGCAUCAUCCACACCAGACUCCACAGCCUAUGCCCCAGUAACGCGCAUAGCGACUUUCCGCUUCCACCCGAACGUCACCGCAGAGCAAAAAGGUGACCGCGCAUCCGCCUUUCUCGCACUUUACGCCGAGCAUCCUGAACUGCUGGUCGAAGCACCUGUAGGAGGGAGACCGUUGAAUACGCCGUUGAAUUUGACGAAUGUGAAGCGGGAGAGCAUCUGGGACUUGGGUUUCGUUGUUAAGUUUAAGGACGAAGCAUCGAGACAGAAAUUUGACCUUGAUCCUGGACAUGAUACACUGAAGAAUGAAACAGAUCCGUUGCUCGAGCAGGUUUUUGUGUAUGACUUUGUCGCGCAGCCAAACCUCGGGUGGUAGUAGGCAUUUAUGAGGAGGUAUCCG